AUGCUGACAGUCGUGUGCAUCGCGUUUGUGAUACUCGCUGUGUCGUAUUUGGCAACGACCAAAGCUGAGGAGAAAGUGGAGUGCAACCCGGUAGGACUUCGACCAUGCCUGCCUGCAGUGGUAACCGGAGUUCCACCGUCGACGGAAUGUUGCGGAAACCUGAAACAACAAGAGUCAGCAUUGAAUGACUCCUCCAUCACGCAACAACAUUCAACCAUUACCUUGUUAUCAAGCUUAACAAUGACAUCAAAGUUUCCGGGUUUAAGCUCCCAGUAA